AAUUUCUCGAUAAAAUGAUCCGGAACAAACUGUACGUGCUUAGCAAUAUAAUUUGUUCAAGAUCCUCUUUUGCCGCAGAGGUUACACAAUCAAAAAUAUGUAUAAGUGCUCGAAAAAACCUGCCAGUAUCAUUUCAGUAUAAUCAGGUCCGAAAUUAUGCAAAAAGCAAAGACAAGAAAAAAGAGAAAAAGGGCCCUACUGCAAAAGUUCAUAUAAACGAAGAACAGUUAGCAGAAGUGAUCAAUGUGAAUGCUUUGCGUACUCUUAUGGACAAAACCGUAUCUAGUAUGAAAGAAGAGUACAUAAAAAAUCUAUCGCUUCGUUCAGCAACUGGAGCUAUCGAAACUUUGAAAGUAAGUUUCGAAGGAAAAGAUUAUCAAUUGCAGGAGCUUGGCCAAGUUAUACGCAAGAAUCCUAAAACAGUGGUGCUAAAUCUGGUAUCAUUUCCACAAACUAUACCAGCGGUAUUGCAAGCGCUACAGAAAAGUGGCAUGAAUUUAAACCCCCAACAAGAUGGAACUACACUGUACAUCCCCGUACCGAAAGUGACUCGGGAACAUCGGGAGAACCUUGCAAAGAAUGCUAAAACAUUGUUUAUCAAGUGUCGUGAUGCGAUAAAAGAUGCACAGAAUCAAAAUAUUAAAAAGGUUAAAAAGCAGACUGAUAUAUCCGAGGAUCUAAACUAUCAGAUUCAAACUCAAAUAACAACGAUAGCUAACGAAUACAUUAAAGAAGCAGAAAGAAUGAUGGAAGUGAAACAAAUGGAACUGUUAGGAGAUAAGUCAUAAUUGCAAAUUCUAAUCUUGUUAUAAAGUAAAUAAAAAUCU